AUGUCUGGCAACCGCGUCCAUGGCGACUUGAAUAACACGGAGGUUAUGCGAGAAACCAAUUUCUUGGUUCCGGACCCUGCUUACGAUGGAAAAACACUGGCUAUUUCCGAAGAAGAGGAUGAUGCGAGCAUCAGAUCAAAAUAUAGACCAUUUAUCACAAGCCCGGAAGUGACGAGCAGCGAUUGGGUUGCCAAAUCCGAACUCAGCACUGCGUUGAAAAUGUCAGAGGCAGAUAUGGCAAAGACUGGAGGAAACAGACUGAAGAUUCUAGUCUUGUAUGGUAGUCUGCGCGAAAGAUCGUAUUCGCGCUUGUUGGCUUUUGAGUGCUCUCGCAUUCUAUGGCGUCUAGGUGCUGAUGUGCGGGUCUUUGAUCCUUCAGGCUUGCCUGUCAAGGACGAUGUGCAGCAUCAGCAUCCCAAAGUGCAAGAGCUGCGUGAGCUGAGUAAAUGGAGUGAUGGCCAUGUUUGGGUAUCUCCUGAACAGCACGGUAACCUUACUGCAGUGUUCAAAAAUCAAAUCGACUGGGUUCCACUAAGCACAGGCUCUGUAAGGCCGACUCAAGGACGCACUCUGGCAAUCGCUCAAGUCUCUGGUGGCUCGCAAUCCUUCAACACUGUCAACUCCCUCCGCAUUCUCGGUCGCUGGAUGCGCAUGUUUGCUAUCCCAAACCAAUCUUCAGUCCCCAUGGCAUACACCCAAUUCACAGACGCACUCGACGAAACAGACCACGACGCUUUCGUCAAAGCAGAAGGUGGAAGCAGACUCAAGCCUUCGGGCAACCGAGAUAGAGUAGUGGAUGUCAUGGAAGAGUUGUUCAAGUACACUCUGGUCAUGAGAGAGCACUUUGACCUGUUUGGCGAUCGACACAGCGAGCGCAAAGAAAAAGAGGCGAAACGCCUGAGAGAAGUCGAAGUCACGAAAAAGGAGGAAAAGGCUGGACAAGAAGGCAAUGCGACGAGUAUGGUCACCGCGAAGCUCGUCAACGGCAUCGAUGUCAACGGUAUCUAA